AGAAGACAAAAGCCACUGAAAAAUAAAGCCCCGGAAUGUAGUCGAACAGCACUUCGUGUGGUGGCGACGCGGCAGAAAUGCGGUGGCAUUUGAUGAAGAUCUGUGGGCCGGGUCUUCAAGUACAAGUUCGCAGAUCCGCAGGCUCCCGCGGAAGCUAGACACAGGCCGUGCACUCCCAUUCGUGGGCACACACUAGAUGCAGACGCCGCACUUGGUAACCAGACCCAGAGCCACAAGCAGCAUGCGUUUCAGUGUAGUAAAGUCGCGCUCGCGCCUGUGGCUCCGCACAGUGGCUGGCAUUCUUGCGACCGUGCACGGACUGAAGCUGCAUGGAUCUUCUCGAGAGGACGACGGUAGCAUCUUUCGCGCGAAAGUCGAGGUCGCUAAAGGCGACAUCAUAUGGCUGCAGCAUGUCGAGCCUGGAUCCACCUCUGGUAGCGCUACCACAGCAAAAAUUCGGUUCGGCCACGGCUUCUCGUCCGGGUCAACAGCAGUCGCCUCUUCUCUUUCUGGUCCAGGAUCCGCUCCGCGAGUCGAGGACUUGGAGCCGCCUGUUUGUCUAACUUGUCCACUGUGCACCGAGCCGUCGCCGCUCGAAUACGAUUGGCGCUUGCUGGCCAGACAGUCAGAACAGGCCAAGCUGGAGCAAGAAAGUAUCGAGUGAGCCCGUAUAAUCCGUUCUUUUUGGUGUCGUCUAAUCAUGUACUUAACCACACUAGUUCGGCGAUGAAGAUGAUCUUCUACUUCGGAGGCCACAAAAAAAUGUAAAAGAUCCAAGCGACGGGGACUGAGAUGUGAGAUUGUAGCGUGAAGAAGUAGUUUAAAACGCGAACGAACAGAGACGACGGAGCCGAUCGAGCAGCUGUACUACAUGUACAACAGCGACGCGGUGCUGCGCCUGCCUCUGCGUGUUUCCCCGGGCGAUGGCGUCGUCUACUUUUCGGUGCUUAACGCGGCAAAGAUGGGAGGCAUCGGUUUCGGCGAGUUUUUUCCCCGCGGCUUGGCGAAGAAGUAUCUGCUGUACCAAAUCGCCAUCCGCUGGCCGGCGGAGCACUCCUUCGCGUCUUGCGACAGCAAAAAGGACUGCUUGGAAUUGCAACUGCUGCACGUGGCCGAGGACCUGUCGCAGUCCUGGGUGAGUUUCGGGUUCUCACCGGCCGUAUCAACAGUAAAAAUGUCUGGGUCUGGAAACUUGUGAUGCUGGGUGGCGUCUCAUGAUGAGGCUACAGAUGCUGGCUCAGCAUGACAAGUUUCUGAGCUCCUACGUGUUGCCUAUUCUGCAUGACAAAGCGCGCUUCUGCAUCACAGAAAAACGGAGCUCUCGGGUAACUUGCAUGACAGAUUUAAGAGUCAUGCCAGACAAGCAUGACAAACAUGAAUUCUUCCAGACCCAGACAUUUUUACAGUUGAUAGGCCGUGGAGCCGUUGCGGCCGAGUUUGCUCGCGCAGCUCACGCAGAUCAACCCAAGUACGGGGAACCGCCUGCACAGCGACUUGGCGCCGGAACUGGCGGAGAACGAAGAGCUCCCGAUUGGCACGAUCGAUUUGGAAGCCUUGUUCGCUCCUUUGAGAAGGGACGAAAAAGACACGAGUGCGGUUGGUCUUACACUUCACGCGAACGGCACUAGUACUGCAGCGAAUAGAACCAGUCGCAUCUACGCCGCGCAGAAAAGCAAUGAAACGACCACGAGUGGGAAUUAUCUGGAGGCAAUAAACAACUCGACCGCAGUAGAGCCAGCGCCGCCUGUGAAGGCAGGGAACAAGGACAAGAACGCAGUUGAGUUCGUCACCUACGAAGACCCGGGAAGUGGUACGGCCGGCACCGACAACGUCGCGCCGUUCACUCCAACCCGCUGGUUCGUCCGAGCAAAAGAGGUAUUUCCGAUGAAGGCUACCGUGUUCGAGAAGAUCAAAGCUUUUAUCGCACUUCACAAAGCCGAUGGGAACAGUAGGGCGUCGGUUGCUCCGAAGCCUGUAUUGAAAAGUGUCGUCGGCAGCAUGAGUGGUCCGGAAAGUGGUGGGAACGCUGUGAUGUUUUACGAGCAGACGAAAUCAGCAGAGCACAAAAUAAGCAAACCUCCUACAGUGGCGAAAUCAUCAUUAGCUUCCGGGAGUUCUUCUUCUACCUCUCCUGCGAUGCCAUCGUGCGUGCCAGCCAAACUGAUGCCCUCUGCGGCCGCCCGACCGCUUCUUGCCGCAGUCCCGCGCGUGGCGCCGAUUAGCGGGAAGCUGCAAGGCGUGCAGGACAUUUUCAAUCGAAUCGAGGCGGAGAACGCAACGAAAUCAAAGCCAGGUGCGGCCGCAAGCGAAGACGAGCCACCUAGUAGUGCGGCUGGAACAAAUACAAGCGCCGCAGCCGCCGUUCAGCUUGCGCUGCCGCCCAAGCCGGAAGAUAUCACGAUCGACUGCACGACGUGUGGCGCCCGCGGGAUUGCCUACCGCCAUCCGAACGUGAUUUCUCGGAGCCGCACGAACCGCACCGCGGAGGACCUCGCAGAGCACUGCAAACUCGUACAAAGCGCACAAGCGGUGGUCAAGGAAAAGCAAAACAAGGCCUUGGCGAUCGCAGUGGAGCGGGCCCGAUGCAGAAAUUUGAUCGACAGCCGCAACUACAAUCCGUACGCCCCCUAUGCGCAGUGCAAGCACGCCAUUCAAAGGCUCGAGAAAUCAUACGCGGACGCAAGCGACGAGCUGACGAAAGCCCAACGGGAGAAGGAUCGGAUCAAGAGUGCGAAGGCCGGAAACAUCGCAAAGGCGCAAGACAUGUUGGAUGCGGCCAAAGAGGCCGCAACAGGCGAUGACGCAAAGACGGUGACCGAGGCGCCAUCCGAGCCCGGGGUGGUGAUCCCGGAAGAAGAAACCUCCACGACGCCCGCGCCGGCAGCCACUACCGACGGCAGCAUGAUCUCGAACCUGAUGGGUGCAGGGGCAGAUGCGAACGAAAGGGAAUAUCACCCGCCCGAGGACCCGCUGGUGUGUCCGGAAAUCUUUUUGAAGCCGAAAAAGACGAACUUCGGUUGCGCGUUACAGAAUGUCGACCCCUUCGUGAUGGAUAGUGCAAUGACCUGUGCAGGAGAAGUGCCGAGUGACGCCAAUUUCCGGUUCGGAGAUCCGUCCGCUGACUUGGUUCGCUAGUAGAAGAAUAGCGUUUGUUGGUGGCCCACUUUCUUCGUUUCAAUUCUGCACUUUUCUUUUCCGUUUCGCUCGCAACGUGCUCUCGUUUCGCUGGUCUGACAGGAAGAAGGUAAACGGUUUCCGAAGCCGGAGUAUUGUUUUCGACGGAUCCUGUGCAAUAAUCCUCGCUGGAUCGUUUUAUGUUCUGAGGUUUCUGUUUAUCAUUAUCAACAAUGGGUCACUCUUCGUCUUCAGAUAGUCUCAGUACCAGCACAAAAAAACGAGGACAGUGGUACAACAAAGGAGAGAUUUGCUUCUGCAAAAUGGAAAAUGCAAAUUGCGAUCAAAAUCAUCAAAUACGAAAGAAAAAUAAUACACGAUGUUAUUUAAGUAUAUUCAUAUACCGUCAUGAAAACCAAAACUUGAAGUAGCGGAAUAGUUGUGCAGCUUCUGGUUUAUUUGCGAUGCCGCAAGUGCUUUCUGUGAGC